CUCACCGCACAGCUGAUCAAAUGUCAAUUGUCAAGAAAAUGGAGUUUUGUUACGCAUAAUAAAUUAUGAUAAAUGUUUCAAUAUGAAAUCAAAAAACAUAAUUCUGAAAAAUUGUCAGGGUUAGAAUGGAAAGCACAACUCCAUUUCAACCUUGGGCUACUGAUGAUAAUUCGAAAAAUGUUAAAACUGAAAGAGAAUUAGUGGAUGACGCGAAACUUCAUCGGGAAAAUGUCAAUCAUCCAAAACAUAGGCAAACUGCGUCUUACGAUAAAGAAAGUGUCGUCGCUCCUAGUGCCGUUCCUGGCCCAUCGAGUGCCACGGGUACCGGUAUUAGUCCAACCGAUGGUAUGGUCUCCAAGAUGGACUCAAGCAAAAUAGCUUCCAUGCAGCAAAUUGUCGAGAACACUCUCAGUCAAGAAGGCAGACAAAGAGUGUCACAGCUGCUAGAGGCAGUGGAGGCCCUGAGUGGAGCGGAGAGACUGUUGCUUUAUCUCCGGCUACCAACUGGCGUACCUCCACAUGACCCUCUUAAGCAGCCUAUAAACCCUUUGGGAUCCAGAGCUGAAUUGCAGCAAACUGUAACUUGGAUACAGACACAUUUGGAAGUUGAUCCUGAUGUCUCAUUGCCUAAGCAGGAUGUUUAUGAUGAAUACAUAGCCCAUUGUAUGAGUAGCAACAUGAAGCCUCUAUCGACUGCUGAUUUUGGUAAAGUAAUGAAACAAGUUUACCCAACCGUUCGUCCACGUCGUCUGGGAACUCGUGGUAAUUCUAGAUACUGUUACGCUGGUCUUCGUAAAAAAGUAAAACUCGAAGUACCGCAGUUACCCGACUUGGAUGAAUCUGCUAAGGAGCCGAGUGGAAUUAUGAAAGAAAGUGAGAGAAUAGUUUGUGAUUGGGCUGAAAAUAAAUUCGGCAUGAAGUUUGUGAAUAUCUCUGAGCUGUCUAGACAUCUCGUGUCUAUGAGCGUCACUCAGCGCGCUCCGCUCGGACCGGCCAGCGCUUCCCCGCCGCCGCUAGUUGCCGCUCACGGCGCCUCGGAAGAAAUAUCGGGUCCGCAGUUAAUGAAACAACAGUUAAAACGAAAAUUACAAACGCAGGGAACCCCCGGUCGACCAAAGAAAAACAAGGGGCAGGAAGUCUCCGGCGAGUCGCCCCCGUCUACCUCCUACGUGAGUCAGCACCAACCUGUGAAACACGAGAGCGAGAUGCUGUCCGAACCGGCGUACGGCUACCAGCCGGCGUACGUGCCCGUGUACGACGUGCGGCCCACCUUCCCGUACAGCGCGCCCCCCCGCGCGCACCCACCGCAUCCCCCCCACGCGCCGCCCGCGCCGCACCCCGCCAUCUCCGUGCACGAGUAUCGCCCCGACCCCUACGUAUUCGAGCCGCCCUACGCGCACCGUGACCUGGCCGUGCCCCCCGACACCGCACACAACGUCCCGAUCAACCUGAGCAGCGACGCGUCUCUGGACCUGUCCACCGAGCGCACCGAGUGGCAGCGGCGCCGGCCGCCGGACCCGCCGACGGCUCGCCUCCCGCUGCCCGGAAAGAAGUUGAUCUUGGAGACGUAUCAGAGCGAGACCCAGGCUAGCUCGCCGCGGUCCUCGCAGACCGACACGCGGUCUGUGAACCAACCCUCUGAAGAAUUUCCGAGAACUGAGUAUUUGCCGAAAAAAAUGAGGGCGGCCGAAAUACUAGGCGGAAAGCUAGCCGCGGCGCGUCAGUCGCUCGUCGGAACCGACCCGGCGUCUUCGUCUACCUCCGUCGCCGUGGAGCCGGUACGUUCUGAGGUUGCUUUUUUAGAGGAUCCAAAAAACUUAACGAGCCGGUCCAAAAGCACCGCCGCGGCGCUGGCCCGGGAGGAACAGGAGGCGGCGAGUCCGACACAGUCGGUGAAGGCUCCGACGCCUAAGUGUGAUCGCAAUAAAAUAAGAAAAUUUUGUGGUCGUACGAAAGGACUAUCUCCAGAUAGAGCGGAACAACACGAACGCUCCGCGACGCCUGAUUCCUGUUGUGGUCUAGACGGAAUAAAUAUUAAAACAGGAAUGAUUUGUGAGGAGAAACAUUCUGAGAUUUUAAAUCGAGAACGUGUAAUCAGCAUUUGUAAUAUUGACAAGCAUGACCUAGAUGAUUAUCUCAAUGAAGGGAACAGCCAGGAGCACGAGGAAGAGCUAUUGCAAUAUUUUCACCACCGAGACACUGAAUACGACGCGACGGCAGAUCCAAACACGGCUGGAAAUCCAGUUACUUUUUUAGAAACAGGUCAGGACCCACACGACGAGCACAGCCAAGGAAAGAAUGAAAAAAUAUCACAGUUGCGUGAAUUACUAGCUAAGAAUUUAAAAAAUCACACACAAGGUGGGUCCACUUCUCAGAACGUAAUCAACAACCAGGAAUCCCAGGAACAUCCCAUAGAUAAGAAACACGAGCCCCAUGUUACAAAAACUACUAUUUCCGAAGGAGCGUUUAAACCAGUCGGUAAUAUUAUCGAAAUAGUAAACGGUACCAGUUUGUCAAAUGAAAAUGACACAGUUGUUAAUAAAAAUUGUGAUACGAUUUCGAAUGAAAAUGGAAUUUCUGUAAAUUGUCCCACGGAAAAUAAUCACAACCAACUAAUAAACUCUGCCGGUUCUCAUCUUUACAACGGCAAUUGCCACAACGAACCUCAAAGUCCAACCACACGGACUCAACAAUACGAUUUCGUACCUAUAUCAGACGGAUGUCAUUCACCUGGGAAUUUUAAUUCGAAAUCACCACUAAGUUUUGGGCACAGAGGGCACAGUCCAUCUAAAACUAAUAAAACCAUAAUAAUGGGUGGAUCAUUGCAAACGUCGCCCAUAUCUCAUAGUACAGCAGCUAGUCCGUUUGUCAGUCCAAGGAAUACACCAGUGCCGAGGUCACGUUAUUGCUCUCGACCAAUACCGAAACAUAACGGAAGAAAAAGGCGUAUUCCCUUAUCACUAGGAGUUAAUGAUCUUUGUUCCAUGCCAUUUGCGAUACCAAAUGAUCAAAAAUUUAUGCUUUCGAAAACAUCCGUAAGUGGGCCUAAUAUUAAAUAUUGCCAACCGAUGUCGGCUCCUCCAUCACCGAACAUUCUUUCAAAUUACAAACAGCAGUUGCUACAAAAUUCAACAGUACCAAACGGUACUAGCAACGUGUGUUUGAACUUUGUACCGAACGCAUUUCGUGAUAACACGAAUGGCGAACUGUCUCAACCUCUAUCAGCAGAUCCAUUGUCGAGUGAGGUCAGUAGAUUUUUUCAAGAACCCGUAGCUAAUUUUAGAUUAGGCCACGACCCUUCAUUUAGAUCACAAUCCGUUCCACUUAAACAAGCACCAAUGAACAUUGGCUUACUGAGCUACAACAACACGCCUGUCGGUUCCGUGCCUCCGACGCCCGUGCCCAAUGAGUUUUGUGAUUUCGGUUCCCUCGCAGACACAUGCGAUAUUUCAAAGGCCGGUCUUAACCCUGAAACUUUAGAUAAGAUAUACGAUGCGAUUGAUAGUAGUAACGAUGUACUUAAUGCCGGACCAACGGCUAACAUUUUGAAUACUAAUGAUACUCUGACGAAUGGUUGUGACUCCUUGCCCGAUCAGCAGAUCCUAACUGAAGAACAGUUAAAUUCCUUUAUACCAAGUGGUGGUGCGCUACUCGAUAGAAAUGCUCAAUUCAGCGAGACUUUUCCCAAUGAUGCGUGUACAAACGUUGAAGAGUUUCUAAAACGAACAAAUCGAAUAGAAUUUGAUUUAACUGAAAUGGUAAAUGAGAAGAGUAAAUAUUAUACUUCGCGAUCAGUACCCAGUACACCGUUGCCGUAUAAACGUACGACUCCAAAUUUGCAAAUUGAUUCUCGUCGUUCCAGAGAAUUAUUUGCCGCUGAGAAUUAUUCUAAUGUUUCCAAUGGUAUAUCUUCAAAGUCUGUACCGUCGACUCCGCAAUUACCUGAGGAUAGGAGUGUUUUUAGCUAUAGUAAUAGAGAUUUCCUUAUCAAUGGAAACUCCGUUGAUAUCUGUACUUCUAAUCAAAUACGAUCCGUCGUAGAAAGUGACCAAGGGUUAGCUUCGCCGCUAGAUAUUUUACGCGAAGACAUUUUAGAUCCCCUUCCCCCAGCUGCCGAUUUGUUAGCAGACCUCGACAAAAUAGAUGGUACCCCGUAUGUUGACCUCUAGUCGGCAAAAUGAUUAUCACCAAUUAGAAAUAAGAUUAGAUUCAAUGUUUUGUACAGUUAGAUAUCGAGUAUUGGAUAUCUUUAUAGAGUACAAUGUCUUUAUGCCUUCAGUGAAGGUAAAAUUAUUUCAAAAUAUAGUUUAAAAUAUGAAUCGCACACUCCCAAAAAUAUGAGUCAAUACAAUGCACCACAAUAAUGUGAUAAGAAUAUUAUAUCUCGAUAAUAGAAUAAGGAAUACUAACAAUGAAUGAGAUUCAGUUGAAAUAUUCAUAAUUUACAUUAAUCAGGUUUUAAAUAUGUCCCUUGAAAUUCAUUAAUAUAAAAAGGCCUAUUCGUAUUAUGAAAGACGUGAGAGUCGAUAUUCGUUAUUGAAUAAUGUAGCCAUUCAGUGCUAUUUCAUUGUUGAAUCAGCAUUCUCGUGAUAUUUAUUUUAUUUAACGGGGCCAAAUUAAGUGUCUGAUUUGAGAAUUAUAGUAGUAUUAAAGAUUCGUGUGAGUAGGACGCUCUAUAUAACACACUUACGCAAUUUAUAGAACGUUAUAGUGAUGAUCCAAGCUCGAAUCGAUAUAUUAUACGAUAAGAGGAAAUGGUCCAAAAGAGCGAA